AGGACUGCGGUCGCUGGCUGAUGACGUCGCACAAUGGCCGGCCCCCGCGGGUAGUGGAGCCCGUUUGUUCCGCCCGCGUCGCGCCUAAAGCCGGAGCCUGUGAGAAGUGGAAGGGCCAGGGACGUCCUGUCCGCGCCGCCCUGACUCCAGCGGAGCCGUGGCCCCGUCUCCGCCCUCGCGCUGAGAACUCUGGGUACUGAUGGAUGUGGCUGAGAGCCCUGAACGGGAUCCUCGCUCCCCAGAGGAUGAAGAGGAACAGCCUGCGCUCUCAGACGAUGACAUUCUGAGGGAAAGUGGGUCCGACCAGGAUUUGGACGGAGCUGGGGGGAGGGCUUCUGAUUUGGAGGAUGAGGAAAACACGGCUAGGGUACCCAGCCAGGAGGAGGAGAACCGCUCCGAUGAGGAGGACCAGGCCAGUGAGCCCAAGUCUCAGGAUCAGGACUCUGAGGCCCAUGAGCCAAACAGGGGCGCAGUGGGCUCCCCGUGUGAGGAGGUAGAUGAUGGCGAGGAAGACCAGAGAAGUGACCUCAGGGACGAAGCCUCCUCUGUGACCAGGGAGCUGGAUGAGCAUGAGCUAGACUAUGAUGAGGAGGUCCCCGAGGAACCAGCUCCUGCUGCCCAAGAGGAUGAGGCCGAGAAGGCUGGGGCUGAGGAUGAUGAAGAGAAGGGGGAAGGUGCUCCCGGAGAGGAGGGGAUGCCUGGUGUCCAAAGUGUGGGAGAAAAAGAACCCACAGAGGCUGCCAAGGAGAAAAAAAAAGACGACGACGAUGGAGAGAUUGAUGACGGGGAGAUAGAUGAUGAUGACCUGGAAGAAGGUGAAGUGAAGGACCCCAGUGACCGGAAGGUGAGGCCUCGUCCCACCUGCCGAUUCUUCAUGAAAGAUGUUGUGACACCAUUAUCCACUCUUCUUCCACCAAUACCAAAUUCCAUACCAUUCAGAGGCCAGGUUAAAGGGAACUGCACCUGGGGAAUGAAUUGCAGGUUUAUACAUCCUGGAGUGAACGACAAGGGGAACUACUCCCUCAUCACCAAAGCCGACCCGUUCCCACCUAACGGUGCCCCACCUCUCGGACCUCACCCCCUGAUGCCUGCCAACCCCUGGGGUGGGCCAGUAGUUGAUGAAAUUUUGCCUCCACCCCCUCCAGAACCCCCAACAGAGAGUGCCUGGGAACGAGGACUCCGGCAUGCAAAGGAGGUUUUAAAAAAAGCAACCAUUCGGAAAGAACAGGAGCCUGAUUUUGAAGAGAAAAGGUUUACCGUGACCAUUGGUGAAGACGAACGAGAGUUUGACAAAGAAAAUGAAGUUUUUCGAGAUUGGAAUUCUCGGGGCCCAAGAGAUGUCAGAGACACAGCACUCGAGCCUUACGCAGAUCCUUAUUAUGACUAUGAAAUAGAGCGGUUUUGGCGCGGUGGACAGUACGAGAAUUUCAGGGUGCAAUAUACAGAAACAGAACCGUAUCAUAAUUACCGAGAAAGGGAGAGGGAACGAGAGCGAGAGAACAGGCAGCGGGAACGAGAGCGGGAACGGGAGCGCGACCGGGAGCGUGAGCGCCGGCAGAGGGAGCGCGAGCGGGAGCGCGAGCGGGAGCGUGACAAGGAACGGCAGCGGAGGAAGGAGGAGUGGGAGAGAGAGCGAGCCAAACGCGACGAGAAGGACCGGCAGCACCGAGACCGGGACAGGGACAAGGAGCGGGAGAAGGAGAAGGAGAAGCCAAAGCCCCGGUCCCCGCAGCCAGCAAGCCGACAAGCUGAGCCACCAAAGAAGGAGGCCGCCUCUGUGGGGCCACAGGUGAAGCGAGCUGAUGAGUGGAAGGACCCUUGGCGCCGAUCCAAGUCUCCCAAGAAGAAACUUGGGGUGUCAGUCUCCCCAAGCCGAGCACGAAGGCGGCGGAAAACCUCGGCCUCGUCAGCCUCUGCCUCCAAUUCCUCUAGGUCAUCGUCUCGGUCUUCGUCCUACUCUGGCUCUGGCUCGUCCCGGUCCCGGUCCCGGUCCUCAUCCUAUAGUUCCUACUCCAGCCGUUCUUCCAGACACAGCUCCUUCUCAGGCAGCCGGUCCAGGUCCCGAUCCUUCUCCUCAUCCCCAUCCCCAUCUCCCACGCCUUCCCCACACAGACCACCUUUAAGAACCAAGGGGGAGCUGGUCCCACCUCCUGGGAAAGCCGGAGAGAAGUCAGUGAAGAAGCCAGCCCCACUCCCAGUCCCGCCACAAGCCACCAAAACCACUGUUCCUGCCCCCGAGCCUGCCAAACCAGGAGACCCCCGGGAGGCCAGGAGGAAGGAGCGGCAAGCCAGGACACCCCCCAGGAGGCGGACGCUCAGCGGCAGCGGCAGUGGCAGUGGCAGCAGCUACAGUGGCUCCAGUUCCCGAUCCAGGUCUCUGAGCGUGAGCAGUGUAUCUUCAGUGUCCAGCGCCACCUCAAGCAGCAGCUCAGUGCAUAGUGUGGACUCAGAGGACAUGUAUGCGGACUUGGCUAGCCCUGUGUCCUCAGCCAGCUCUCGGUCCCCCACCCCUGCCCAGACCAAGAAGGAGAGAGGAAAAUCUAAGAAAGAAGACAGUGUUAAAGAGGAAAAGCGGAAAAGGGACACAUCCACCCAGCCGCCCAAGUCCUCAAAGCCUCUGGCAGGCGGGAAGUCCUCCCAGCAGCCCACAGGAGCACAGCCGGCACCCCCCGGGCAGCCUCAGCAAGGCUCAUUCGUUGCCCACAAGGAGAUCAAGCUGACACUGCUUAAUAAGGCGGCUGAUAAAGGAAGCAGGAAGCGGUAUGAGCCAUCAGACAAAGACAGGCAAAGUCCUCCAGCCAAGCGGGCCAACUUAUCCCCAGACCGAGGUUCUCGGGACCGGAAGUCCGGUGGAAGAUUGGGCUCCCCAAAGCCAGAGCGGCAGAGAGGCCAGAACUCCAAAGCCCCUGCAGCACCAGCAGACAGGAAGCGCCAGCCAUCGCCCCAGUCCAAGAGCUCCAGCAAGGUCACCAGUGUACCUGGCAAAGUCACAGAUGCCACCGCCGCCAGCACCAAGUCAGGGAAGGCCAGCACACUGUCACGGCGGGAGGAGCUCCUGAAGCAGCUCAAGGCUGUAGAGGACGCCAUCGCACGCAAACGGGCCAAGAUCCCUGGGAAAGUGUAGAGACCUGGAGUAGACUUACGUUUUUAUAAAUAGGGUAAGCGCAGCCAUUUUGGAUUUUGCAGUUAAUGUCUUAUUUGGGCUGUGAUUCUUUUUAAAAAUUUAAAAAGGAAAAAAAGUUUCUCAGCUGGAAAAGAAGCCACACACAAAAUGAGGAUGACGCCGAAUCCCAGCCUCCCCCACCAGACUAAAGGGGUCCCUUCCAGAGUGGUCUCCCCAGACAGACGGAGAUGACAGUGGUGACACAGGCCACACUGGUGUUACGUAAAUGAGUCCCAGACACGGCCCUGCCCUCCUCCUCCUCCUCCUCCUCCUCCUCCUCCUCCAGUCUCCCUUGCUGUGCGUCCAUCUCCACACUGGAGAUGAGAAGGCCAAUAGGUCGUGGACUACUGGCAGCAUCUUUGCCUUCCUCACCGCCCUGGAUCAGAAGUAUAUAUAUUCUUGACUAGAGUCUGAUUGGGAACUAUAUCCUCUUUUAUUUUAAGCAUCAAAUUGUUUUAGUUGAUUUAAAAAGGAAAAAAUAGAAGACCAAAAAAAAAAAGUCAAGGGUAUUGUCGGGCAUCUGUCUAAUGUGGAGGGUCUUUUUUGAGGGAUCUCCUAAAAUAAAAUAUUUUGA